CUGAACCAAUACCAAAAUUAGAGUAUCACUAUUUACAUCAACAAGUACCAAUACCAUCACCCUCAUUAACUCACAUAUAAUAUCCUUCCAUCUUAAAACAACUUUUUUAUUUUUCUAUCAUUUACAUCAAAAUUAUAGGGUCAUCCCCAUUCUAAUUUUUCUCUUUUCUCUACACACAUGUCUUUGUUUCAUUGCUAUAUGCAAUAACUAAAAAACUUGUACAUAUUCAACAAGAGACACACCAUUUACUCUCUCUCUCUCUCUCUCCCUUAGUAUAGACAUGGCUCUUCUUCAACCUACACCUUGAAAUCAACAAAAUCUUGUGUUUGUUUGUCUCUAUGUUUGUUAGACUCAAACACAGAUAGUGAUAUCUAUUUCAUUGUCUUGUUUUUUGUUCUGUUUUUGCAUGAAACAGAGUACUCUGUUUCAUCUCCUUUGUGAUGAGGUAUAUUAGGACAAAUAGCUUUAAGAGACUCUUCUCAUUCAAAAAACGUUCUUUAGAGGAAGAAAAAGAUAACACCUUGAAGAUUCUUCCAUAUGAAGAACAACAUUUUCAAAAACCCACUUGGAAAUGUUUCUCCUAUGAAGAGUUGUUUGAUGCCACCAAUGGCUUCAACUCAGAAAACAUUGUUGGAAAAGGAGGCUAUGCAGAAGUUUACAAAGGAAUAUUGAAAAAUGGUGAAGAAAUUGCUGUGAAGAGAUUAACAAGAACUUCAAGAGAUGAGCGAAAAGAGAAAGAGUUUUUGACAGAGAUUGGUACAAUAGGACAUGUUCGUCAUACGAAUGUCUUGUCUCUCCUAGGAUGUUGUAUUGACAAUGGACUUUACUUUGUUUUUGAGUUAUCCACAACAGGUUCUGUUUCAUCUAUUCUUCAUGAUGAAAAGUUGGCACCUUUAGAUUGGAAAACUAGGUGUAAGAUAGUUCUUGGGACGGCGCGUGGACUUCACUACUUGCAUAAAGGUUGCAAGAGGAGAAUAAUUCAUAGAGAUAUCAAAGCAUCAAACAUUUUAUUGACCAAAGAUUUUGAACCACAGAUAUCUGAUUUUGGAUUAGCAAAAUGGCUUCCAUCUCAAUGGACUCAUCAUUCAAUUGCUCCAAUAGAAGGAACAUUUGGACAUUUGGCACCAGAAUACUAUUUGCAUGGAGUGGUGGAUGAGAAGACAGAUGUGUUUGCAUUUGGUGUUUUCUUGCUUGAAGUCAUUUCUGGUAGGAAACCUGUUGAUGGGUCUCACCAAAGCUUACAUAGUUGGGCUAAACCAAUUUUGAACAAGGAAGAGAUAGAAGAGCUAGUAGAUGCAAGGCUUGAAGGGAGUUAUGAUGUGAAACAAUUAAAGAGAUUUGCCUUUGCUGCCUCUCUUUGUAUUAGGGCAUCUUCCACUUGGAGACCUAACAUGAGUGAGGUAAUGGAAAUAAUAGAGGAGGGAGAGAUUGAUAAAGAGAAAUGGAAAAUGCCAGAGGAAGAAGAAGAACAAGAAGAUGAAUUCUGGGGGUUUGAGGAUUUGGAAUAUGAAUAUGAUACUUCAUUUUCAAUGUCUUUAAUUGAUUCAGUUGAAAGUAUUUAGUUUUCAGUUGCAUGUGUUUUUAUGUAUAUACUACUACUACUACAUGAAAUAAAUUAAAAAUUAAGGGGUUGAUUAUGUUAA